AUGCUCAGGCAACUUGGUCGUUCUUCAGUCUCUCGCAUCGCAACCGCUUCUCGACAUUCGGCACAACGUCAAUGGCGCCAUGCACGUUUGAUUCUGUCAACGCCCACGAUCCAGGCCAAUGGUGCUGCUGCUUCAGGCAUUGCCAGCAAGCAAGUGAUUGAAAAGCUCUACUAUUCGACAACCACUUCGACUGACGAGGAGGAGGCUGCCACCACUACUUCUCAGGCACCCGAAGAGCAAGAAGUUAUCACUGGCGAGGAACAAGUACACGAGUUCAAGACCGAGACCAAGCGAUUGUUGGAUAUUGUGGCAAACUCUUUGUAUUCGGAAAAGGAGAUCUUUAUUCGCGAGCUUAUUUCCAAUGCUGCAGAUGCUCUUGAGAAAUUGCGUCAUUCACAAGCAAGCGAUCCUUCAAUUGAUUCUGGAAAGCCCCUUGAAAUUCGUUUGUGGGUGGAUCGUGACAAGAAGCAAUUCAUUAUCCAAGAUUAUGGUAUUGGUAUGACUUUGGAAGAGCUGAAUGAGAACUUGGGCACCAUCGCUCGCUCUGGUUCCAAGAGCUUUUUGGAGAAGCUUGACAAGGAUGGCUCUGCUAAUGCCAAGGAGAAUAUUAUUGGUCAAUUCGGUGUGGGCUUCUACUCAACGUUUAUGGUGGGAGAGAAGAUCAAGGUUUACACGCGCUCUGCCAAACCAGGAUCGAAGGGUUAUUGCUGGACAACGGAUGGCUUGGGUUCUUACACUGUUGCAGAGGCUGAGAACGUUGCUGUUGGUACCAAGAUCGUUAUUGAACUCCGUGAUGAUUGCAAGAGCUUUGGCUCACACUUGACGGUCGAUUCGAUCAUCAAGAAAUACUCAAACUUUGUCGGCUUCCCAAUCUACUUAAAUGAUGCUGAAGUGAACACGGUGGAACCUUUGUGGACAAAGGAAAAAAGCCAAGUAUCAGCUGAUGACCACAAGCAAUUCUAUCGUUUCAUUGCCGGUGCCUGGGAUGAUCCACAAUACACCCUUCAUUUCAAGACCGAUGCCCCAGUGUCUAUUGCAUCCGUUUUGUAUGUCCCUGAGAAGCAUAUGGAAGCAUUGGGUGAACGCACAGAGCCUGGUGUAUCACUUUACUCUCGCAAGGUGUUGAUUCAGCCCAAGUCGAAGGGAUUGUUGCCCGAUUGGUUACGAUUUGUGAAGGGUGUUGUCGACUCUGAGGAUAUUCCUUUGAACGUGUCACGUGAAUUGCUUCAAGACAACAUCUUGUCCAAAUUGCGUAUGGUCAUGACUUCACGUGUAUUGCGCUGGUUGGAAGGCGAAGCCAAGAAGGACGCUGCCAAGUAUAACGACUUUUUCCUUGAUUUUGGUCAAUUCAUCAAGGAGGGUGUUUGUACAGACCCUAUGUACAAGAAGGAUAUUGCUAAGCUAUUGCGAUUUGAGAGCUCUACUACCAAGGAGGGCGAGAUGAUUGGAUUGAAUGAAUACGUGGAUCGUAAGCAAGAGGGCCAGAACCGCAUUUACUACCUUUUGACACCAAAGCGCAAGUACGCUGAGGAGAGUCCUUACACUGAAAUGUUCAAAAAGAAGGGCGUUGAGCUCUUGUAUUUGUACGAAACCGUGGAUGAAUUUGUCGUCAACCAUCUCAAGGAGUUCCAAGGUGUUGAACUUAUUGCAGCUGAUUCACCAGAAGCCGCAACCGAUCCUCUCUUGCAACAGGAGCGUGAUUCCCCCGAUAGCAACAGUGCCUCGCUUUCUGAAUCGGAUGCCAAGGAAUUGGCCAAGUGGAUUGAGCAAACAUUGGGCUCUGAUAUCGUCAAGCAAGUGGAUGUUUCACGUCGACUUGAAAAAUUCCCUGCUAUUGUGCUUGAGCAUGAAAGCCCUGCUAUGCGUAAGAUGAUGCAAAUGAUGGAAGGCUCUGCAAAGAUGGGACAAUUACCACCAACACCCACUCGUCUCGAAAUCAACCCUGAUCAUGCCGUGAUGCGAGGCUUGUUCCAAAUCCGCCAACAAAACCCUGAUUUGGCAAAGAUGGUUGCCGAACAAGUCUAUGAUAACGCAUUGUGUGCUGCUGGUGUGCUCGAUGACCCGCGUUCCAUGAUCUCACGUCUCAACACGCUUUUGGAAAUCAGUGUGAAUACCGCCAUUGAACAGGACAAGAAGGUGUCUUCUUCAUGA